CGUUUGCAAUUCAUGAAUAAACAUUGCGAACCAACACAGUGCAAGAAACUUUCACGGCAGGUAUCUACGAGUAGUAAGCCUUUGAGAGACAGAGUCGUAACGCAAGAUACCUAUCUGCAUUUCCAGACCAUGCUGAGCGCGCAACUUGCCUACCAUUAGCAAGAUGCCUCCCCGCUCUGGUGCGGAUACUAUUCGAAUCCUUAUCGCCACAGACAGUCAUGUUGGCUAUGCCGAGCGGGAUCCUGUGCGCAAAGAUGAUAGCUGGACGAGCUUCGACGAAGUCAUGCAACUAGCCAAGACACAAGAUGUCGAUAUGAUACUUCUGGCGGGAGAUCUCUUCCAUGAUAAUGCGCCAUCCAGGAAAGCCAUGUUCCAGGUCAUGCGAUCUCUCAGACAAAAUUGUCUGGGCGACAAGCCUUGCGAACUGGAAUUUCUAAGUGAUGCUACGGAUGUCCUGGGCACUGCUCAUGUCAACUAUGAAGACCCUGACAUGAAUAUCUCAAUUCCUGUCUUCUCCAUCCAUGGUAAUCACGACGACCCGUCCGGAGAGGGGCAUUACUGCUCUCUAGAUCUCCUUCAGGUCUCAGGACUUCUCAAUUAUUUUGGCAAGGUUCCAGAGACGGACAAAAUCGACAUCAAGCCAGUUCUUCUACAAAAGGGGCAGACGAAGUUAGCCUUAUAUGGAUUGAGCAACGUCAGGGAUGAGAGACUGUUUCGGACAUUUCGAGAUAAAAUGGUCAAGUUCUAUACUCCCGGAACGCAAAAGAACGACUGGUUCAACUUGAUGGCUGUUCACCAAAACCAUCAUGCCCAUACCGAAACGAGCUAUCUUCCAGAGAACUUCCUCCCAGACUUCAUGGACCUCAUUAUCUGGGGCCACGAGCACGAAUGUCUCAUCGACCCGCGAUUGAAUCCGGAGAUGAUGUUCCAGGUCAUGCAACCGGGCUCCUCCAUUGCGACAUCCUUAGUUCCCGGUGAAGCUGUGUCUAAGCAUGUUGCCAUUAUCAACGUCACUGGAAAGGAUUUCACAGUCGAGAAGCAUCGAAUCAAAUCUGUGAGACCAUUUAUCACAAGAGAGCUGGUCCUCGCUACCGACCCUCGAUUCAAAGCACUUGCUAAUGUCAAGAAUAACAGAGUCAGACUUGUCGAUAAAUUGACAUCGGUCGUGAAUGAGCUUAUUCAAGAAGCGACAGAUGACUGGUUGAGUAUACAAGAUCCGGAUGAUAUGCCAGAUGAGGUACCACUUCCUCUGGUCAGACUCAAGGUUGAGUAUUCAGCUCCCGACGGUGGAAGGUUUGAUCUUGACAAUCCCCAACGUUUCUCGAAUGGAUUUGCCAGUAAGGUCGCAAAUGUCACGGAUGUUGUGCACUUCUACAAGAAGAAAGUUGGUACAAAAAGAGACAAGAUCGAGAGUCACAUGCCCGCGGAUGAUAUUUUGGCUGCUUUGAACAAUGACAACAUCAAGGUCGGGAAGCUAGUCCAUCAGUAUCUGGAUGCUCAAACUCUGAAGAUUAUUCCGCAAAAGCCCUUCGGUGAUGCAAUCACAGACUAUGUUGAAAAGGACGACAAGUUUGUCAUGGAUGCAUUCGUCAACGACAGUCUUACAACCCAAAUCCAAGAGAUGUUGACCAUGCUGGGAACCGAGGAGGACGAAGAUCUGGAGCCUUUCAUGGACAGCAUUCGUGCCAAGCAAGAGACUGCAUUUGCGGCUGGCCAAUGGAAGAAGCCGAAAAAGAAGGGCAAGUUGAGGCCCAAGCCACAAGGGUGGGACGAUGCCUUGGGAGAAUGGGAAGAUCAGCCGGGCGCUUUUGACGAAGACGGUGGCGACGAUGAAAACGAAGAUGAAGAAGAAGAGGACGACGACGACGGGGCAUCUAUUGUCUCAGCUGCGAAGAAGAAGCCAGCUAGUAAGCGGGCACCAGCGAAGAAAGCACCUGCCAAAGCAAAGGCACCAGCAAAAGCCAAGGCUCCAGCGAAGGCGCCCGCAAAGACAACUGCCAAGGGAAGAAAGAAAGUUGCUGAACCAAGUGACGACGAAGAUGAUGAUGACGAUGUGGUCAUGCUCGACUCACCUCCACCAAAAGCUCAGCCAAAGCGAGCCGCUGCUGCCAGAGGACGUCAGACCCAGAUCAAUUUUACCCAAUCUCAGGUGAAAACCUCCACUGCGAAAGAGCUGAGUGACGACGAGAUUUCCGACGAUGAAGAUGCAUUUGAGCCAGCCCCAGCAGUGGCAUCGAAGAGGAGAAAAUGAAUGUGUCUCUUCGUGCAGAAUGUAUGGGAAUAAUUAGGUGCUAUGUCAGCACAUCUUGUAGGUGUAGAGAUUAUAGAUGGGCCGAAUCUGAUUAGCGAGCACUACGAUACUUGCAGUCUACGAGAAGCAACGAUAUGAUGAAUUACGCCAUAAUGAAGAACAGGCUUGCUUGGGGGAAAGGAAUAGGGGAAAGGAAUAGCAUGGGAAUAGAACAAUAGCUCUCGGGAAAGCACCGUGCCAGAAUAUUUCCAUUUUCUCAACCGUGAACUAUGUUUAGGUAUACUCGAUC